GGGAGACGUGGACGCCACUACCGCCGACGAUUUGUUUGGAUUUUUUCGACAUUGUGGCCCAGUCGCACUGUUGCUGCCGUCACGUCUUGUCCGCAACCGUCGCGUCGCGUUCUACCCGUUUUUGUUUUUGUUGUUGUUGUUGUGUUGACAUCGUCUGCUCGCUGUCAACCGGUGUUUUGAUCAAAAAACCGGUUCGCCGUCCUCCUCGUGCGCGUAGACUUGUAGUCUAACGGUUCAUAAAAUGGGAGACUUAUUUAGUUGCUGCAGUUCUUCGGAUAGAGUUGAACCAUCGUCGCCUGAUGCAAAGGCUAAUUUUAAAGGUCCUGUGAAAGGAAGAUCUUGUACAGAUUGCUCAUUUUUGGUCCUCUUUUUGUUUGUAUUGAUAACUGUGUUUGGAUUAGUGAUUUACUGUACAUCAAAUGGUGAUGUAAAUCGUUUAUUCUAUGGUUUUGACGAAUGUGGAGACAUUUGUGGAUUUAAAAAUAAAAACACUGAUCCAAAAUUUUGUAAUGGUAAAGACAUGACAAGUAAACCAUUUUUGAAAAUUGAUGCUCCUAUUUAUAAAGUAGCUGAUUUGAAACACGUAAAAAGAGAAUGUGUUGAAAGUUGUUCAGAUUAUAAGGAUUACCAAGAAUUCCUACAUAGAUGUAUUCAAAAAGGUAAUGAAUCAACAAUCAAUAAUAUUUUGAAAAAUUCAAGAAUUGGCAGUCUUUUUCAAGAGGUGACUCAAGAUUUACAACAUACUAAAUGGGAUAUAAUAUAUCUUUGCAUAUUUGCUUUUAUCACAUCACUUGUCAUUGUAUUUUUGAUAAGAUUUGUAGCUGGUAUUGUUGUUUGGUUUGUACUUAUUGGCGUUGUUGUAGUCAGUAUUUCAGCAUCUAUUUUCUUAUGGGUUACUUGGAAACAAAAAUCUGAUUCCGAAAUUAAAGAUCUAGUUGAACAACAAGACGUUAAUACAUACUUUGCAUUUGCAUUAAUUGCUACAAUAUCCACAAUAGUUAUCUUACUAAUCAUUGUAGCAAUGAGAAGCCGUAUUGCUCUUGUCGUCCAAUUGUUUAAGGAAUCUGGUAAAGCUAUACAAAGCAUGCCAUUGUUACUCUUACAACCAAUAAUGACAUUUUUCUGCCUGUGCUUGGCCAUCUUUCUGUGGAGUUAUUUUGCUAUACUCAUUCAAGCAUCAGGAUCCCCUGCAUUUGAACCACUAAGCCAUAGUGUUUACUAUAAAAAGGACCAGUUGAUGAAAUUUGCCAGAAUUUAUAACAUUGUGGUAUUGCUUUGGGUUAUUGAAUUUAUCAUUGGCUGUCAACAUAUGAUAAUUGCUGGUUCUGUUGCUACAUGGUUCUUCACUAGAAACAAAGACAAUGUUUCAUCUCCAAUUUCAACAUCCAUUAGUAAUUUGUUCAACUUCCAUUUGGGAUCUGUAGCUUUUGGAUCGUUCAUUAUAACCAUUUUCCAAAUAAUCAGAGCUAUUUUAAACUUCAUUGAUGAAUCUCUAAAGGAAUCUAAAAAUGAAAUAGCGCAGGCAUUAUAUAAAGUAUUUCAAUGUUUAUUCAGUUGUCUACAGCAAUUUUUACAAUAUUUGACAAGAAAUGCUUAUAUUGAAGUUGCUAUUUAUGGUGAUAAUUUCUGCAAAUCAGGACAACAAGCUUUUAAAAUGAUAACUUCAAAUGUAUUACGUGUUGCUGCCAUAAAUUCUGUUGGAGACUUUGUGCUUUUCUUAGGAAAAGUACUUGUGGUCACAUCAACUGUGUUACUAGGUUUCAAAAUGCUUGAGACUAAGCCUGGAGUCCUUCAUUUGUGGGUUCCACUUACAGUUGCUGGAAUUUUUGCCUAUUUUGUUGCACACUGCUUUAUUUCUGUAUAUGAAAUGGUGAUUGACACAAUAUUUAUGUGUUUCUGCGAAGAUUGUAAUCUAAAUGAUGGAGUUACUCAAGAGUAUUACAUGAGUAAAGAACUUAUGGAUUUUGUUGAGAGUAGUCAGAAAGUGUUACGAGUUGGUGAUGGAGCUUCAAAUUAAUUUAAAUUCAUGAAUCUGCAGUUACAUUUAUAACAAUCUAUUUAUUCAUAUUUAUUAACUAAAAAAAAGUACAAUUCAAUUACUUCAAGUUGAACAUCUGUAUUACGUAAACUUUUAUUUUAUAAUUUUUUGUAUUGCCAUUAUUAUGUAUAAUUUUUAAUUUUAA